GUGGCAUGUGUCUUUGUUAAAUUUCCGUUCUUGUUUACAGUUUACUUGUUUAAAUUGGAUUUUACGUGAUCUAAAUUUAGAUUUUCUUUUGCUAUUACGUUGUAAAUCAGGAAGUGUCCGUUUUUUAAUGUAUAAAGAACACGGCUACUGGACUGCUGGGGAUUCUGAAAAUGGAGUUGAGCAUCAUUAAAGGUCCCAAAUUAGUAGUGGCUCUGGAUAUUGGCAGUACGUAUUCAGGGUAUGCAUGGCAAGAGAGAGCUGAAUUCGAAACUAAUAGAAGUGAGAUUCACUUCAAUACGAGUUGGGGAGCAGGUGCCCUGCAGCUUCACAAAACAACAACAUGUAUCCUUCUAGAAUGUCAAAAGAAUGAGGAGGGAGCCGUAGACCAAAAACAAGAAAAUCUCAGUCUCUCGCAGUCACUUGGCGGUAUUAAACUAAACAUAAAUGAUGAAAUAAAGACAAAAAUUGGACAUGAAGCUGAGAGAGUUUACAGUGGAUUGGCGAAACAAAAACAAGAUGCGCACGAACUUGCCGGGCAGUACUAUUUCUUCAAAAGGUUUAAAUUACUGCUCUACAAUCAGGGAUUCCAUCGUGAACUGUUAGUAGAGGACCAGAUAGGACAACAGUUGCCCUUAUUUGAUGUAAUGUCACUGUUCAUCAAAACUUUGAAAGAUCAUUGCCUGAAAAAACUGGCCACUAACGGGGUAAAAGUGGAACUCAGCAAGACCCUUUUUGUAGUCACUGUUCCGGCAAUAUGGUCUGAUGAAGCUAAGAAAUUUAUGCGGGACGCGGCAGUUGAGGCUGGAAUUGAUAAACGAAAUGUUUUGUUGGCCCUUGAACCUGAAGCAGCAGCUAUUUAUUGUUUGCAUUUGCCUGAAGGACAAAGAAAAGACAUGAAUGACCUCGGAAUGAAAGGACAGAAGUUUCUUGUUGCUGACUUAGGCGGUGGAACAGCGGACUUGUCCGCAGUUGAAGUAGAAGAAACAGGGCUACUUAAGGAAAUAUGUCCACCACUAGGUGAUCCAGUAGGAGGUCAGAAAAUAAAUGAGGCAUUUUUGCAAGUUUGUCAUGACAACUUUGAGGGAGAUGGAUGGAAAGAGACGUUCAGUAAAGCAACCCCAGUUGAAAUGCUGAAGAUGGAAGCAGAUUUUGAAAGGAAGAAAGUGACUAUUGGUUCAGAGGAUCCAGAUGGAGAAAUGAUUGAACUUGAAGUUCCCGCACAGGUGCGUGAUAAACUAGAAGAUAAAACAAUACGAUUAAAGGAAAAUAACUACCUUUCAUUUCAGGACAGAGAGCUAAUGUUUAAUUCAGCUCUGAUUCGUGACAACCUGUUCAAGGAAACAUGCCAAGUAGUGUAUACAACCAUCGGAAAAGUGCUUAACAGAGAAGAAGUAAAUGGAUUGAAAACGGUAGUCCUUGUUGGCGGUUUUGCGGAAUCGCCGAUCGUGAUCGAAAAUAUUCGGAAAAUGAUAGCUAACGACUUCCCAGAAAUCAAAGUUGUGGUGCCAUCUUCACCCUUCAAAGCUGUCUUGAAAGGGGCUGUGCUAUUUGGGCAAGAUCCGAUGAUAUUCAAAAGUCGUAUAAGUAGAGAAACAUUCGGAAUUAGGAUGAAUUCGUCAUUUGAUCCUAAAAUACAUGACGAGACGAAGAAAUGGAGAAAUGAGGAAACGGGAAAAGACCUUUGCAAAGAUAUUUUCGAUAUACAUGUACGUAAAGGUAAAUCUGUUGUGCUUGGCAACAGACAGCCAGUACAGAGUUACUUUCCCUUGUAUAGAAAGCAAACGAAAAUUGGGCUUCUUGUCUUUACGUCCAACUCGUUGAACCCAAAGUACACAACUGAAGACGGCUGUAAACAGUUAGCCAAAAUUACAGUUGAUAUUCCAGAUACAACAGGCAUUACUAAAAGAGAAGUCGAAGUGACCAUGAUCUAUGGUGGAACAGAAUUGUCUGUUAUUGCAACAGACAAGGUAUCUGGGAAAGAAUAUAAUACAGACAUUAAAUUCGGUAAUAUGUAACCCGAAUUACACGAACUAAAAAGGUUUGAUGGGAAGUUUUUAUAACAACCAUAUAACGAAUCAUAUAAAAUAGUGGUUAAUUUCCGAGUUACCUUCAGACUUUGUAAACCGUUGAAACCAAAUUGUUGAAAAGGAAUGGACGGCGUUGAGAAGUAAUAGAAAAGACUUUCUGUGCAGGAUUUAGUGUUUUGAUAUAUGCAUUGCCCCAUGUAUAACAGUUACUUUUAUGGUAUGGCAUGGCCUAUAUUGUGGAGAAAAAGUAUUUGAUAGGUUUUUAAUGCACCAAAAUAUUAAAUCAACACAAUCCUCAUGCCGUAUGUCGGAACAGGUGAACAUUCAUUAAAAAAUCUUGAAAAUACUCGGUUCCAAACUGUCAGUUUGAAACGGACAGAUUGAAUACACAGAAAGUAAAAGUAAUCAUUUGUACUGAUCUACGUAUGAGUAUUUCUUGUAAAGUACACAAAUGUAUAUUAAAGAUUAUGACUAGGUA